GGAAAAUUAUAUUUUAAAAUUAAGUAUAAAACAGUUUGCCAUCCACAAUAUGGCCGCCACCAUGGCUCUCAGCGGUCCCUGGGCGCUGUGCCAUCCAUAACAUCGUUACCAACAUCAUCCGGGUCAGAUGACUCCAUCACGUGCCACAACCAACCAGUUGAAAGGGCUUAAUUCCAGUCACAAGAUGGCCGCCAGGCGCUUCUCGAUCACGUGCUCUAUCAGGUGACAGGGUCGAUUCCACCCUGGUUUCCAGCCGAGUGUGGGCGUGUCCCGAGGCGGACAGUGAGGGCUGCCAGUCAACAUGGCGGCGCACAGGAGCUCUCCCGUGAGGUAUAGAGCGUGAUUCCCGGUGUGUGGAGCGGGCCGCCCCCCGGAGGCUGCAGCAUGGAGUCGGAGGAGGAGCAGCACAUGACGACGCUCCUCUGCAUGGGCUUCUCGGACACGGGCGCCAUCCGCAAGGCCCUGCGCCUGGCCAAGAACGACAUCUAUGAGGCGGUGGCUCUGCUGACUAACGAGCGGCCCGGCCUGGACUACGGCUAUGAGCCCAUGGACAGCGGCUCCCGGGGCGAGAGCGGCGGCAGGAGUACAGGCUUCGACCCGCCCCCCGCCUACCAUGAGGUGGUGGAGCCGGAGAAGAACGAUGAGAAUGGAAACUGCUCUGGAGAAAACAUAGAGUUCCCCACCACAAAUCUGUAUGAACUGGAGAGCCGGGUGCUGACCGACCACUGGUCCAUCCCCUACAAGAGAGAGGAGUCCCUGGGAAAGUGCUUGAUAGCGUCCACUUACCUGGCAAAACUUGGUCUAUCAGAUUCUGACGAAAACUGCAAAAGGUUCAUGGAGAGAUGCAUGCCAGAGGCUUUUAAGAAGCUGCUGACGUCCAGUGCGGUCCACAAAUGGGGCACCGAGAUCCACGAGGGAAUCUACAACAUGUUGAUGCUGCUGGUAGAUCUGGUGGCAGAGCGAAUCAAGCAGGAACCUGUUCCCACCGGGCUCCUGGGAGUCCUCACCAUGGCCUUUAACCCUGACAAUGAAUAUCAUUUCAAGAAUCGGAUGAAGAUGUGUCAGAAGAACUGGUCCGAGGUCUUUGGGGAAGGAAACAUGUACGCCGUUUCUCCGGCCAGCGCCCUGCAGAAGGAACCACACGGCUGGCUGGUGGACCUCGUGAACAGGUUUGGAGAACUUGGUGGUUUAACGGCGAUUCAGGCAAAACUGAACUCUGAAGAAAUAGAACUUGCGGAAGUGUCAGCGUUGGUUCAACCCCUUGGCGUGUGUGCAGAAUACCUCAAUUCCUCUACUGUGCAGCCAAUGCUGGAUCGAGUGAUACACAAGAUGAUAAAGUACGUGCAGAAUGUGGAAGAGAAGGAUCUCAAGGACAAGAGGCUGGUCAGUAUCCCCGAGCUCCUCUCUGCCAUCAAAUUACUCUGCAUGCGUUUCCAGCCAGACCUGGUGAAUGUUGUGGACGACCUCAGGCUGGACAUCCUACUCCGAAUGCUCAAAUCUCCUCACUUCAGCGCAAAAAUGAAUUCUCUUAAAGAAGUAACCAAAUUGAUAGAAGACAGCACUUUAUCAAAAUCUGUGAAGAACGCCAUAGAUACAGACCGGCUUCUAGACUGGCUUGUAGAAAAUUCUGUCCUUUCAAUAGCACUGGAAGGUAACAUUGACCAAGCGCAGUACUGUGACCGUAUCAAGGGAAUCAUUGAACUGCUGGGCAGUAAAUUGUCCUUGGAUGAACUUUCCAAAAUCUGGAAGAUUCAGUCAGGACAGUCAUCCACUGUGAUCGAGAAUAUCCACACCAUCAUUGCUGCUGCAGCAGUAAAGUUCAGUUCAGACCAGCUCAACCACCUUUUUGUGCUUAUCCAGAAGAGCUGGGAGACAGAGUCCGACCGGGUUCGGCAGAAAUUAUUGAGCCUCAUAGGCCGUAUCGGGAGAGAAGCUCGUAAUGAGACCACCACCGGAAAGGUCUUAGAAGUCUUAUGGGAUCUCGCCCACCUGCCCACUCUGCCAUCUAACUUAAUCCAACAAGCCUUAGAGGAGCACCUUGCAAUCCUCAGUGACGCCUAUGCAGUCAAAGAGACCGUUAAGAGGAGCUACAUCAUAAAGUGCAUAGAAGACAUUAAAAAGUCCUCUCAGCACAACAACCCACAGGUGGUAUGGGUGGUGCCCGCCUUACGUCAGCUCCACGAGAUCACUCGCUCGUUUAACAAGCAGACCUAUCAGAAGCAGGACAAGAACAUCAUUCAGGACCUGAAAAAGAACUUCGAAAUUGUCAAAUUGGUGACUGCAAGCUUGGUGGCGUGCCAUCGAUUGGCGGUAUCCACUGUUGGUCCUGGUGGGCUGGUUGGAUCCUCUAUGGUUGACGGCAGAUACACUUAUCGGGAGUAUUUGGAGGCACAUCUGAAAUUCCUGGCAUUUUUCCUUCAAGAAGCCACCUUGUACCUCGGCUGGAGUCGUGCUAAAGAGAUCUGGGAAUGUCUGGUGACCGGACACGACGUCUGCGAACUGGACCGGGAAAUGUGUUUUGAGUGGUUUACUAAGGGGCAGCACGACCUCGAGAGCGACGUCCAGCAGCAGCUUUUCAAGGAGAAAAUUCUGAAGUUGGAGUCUUACGAAAUCACAAUGAAUGGUUUCAGUUUGUUUAAGACAUUCUUUGAGAACGUCAAUCUCUGCGAUCAUCGGUUGAAGCGGCAAGGCACGCAGCUGCACGUUGAGAAGCUGGAACUGAUCGGCAUGGAUUUUAUUUGGAAAGUUGCGGUGGAAUCUCCUGACGAAGAGAUCGCCAAUGAAGCGAUACAGCUGAUAAUCAACUACAGCUACAUCAGUCUCAAUCCCAGGCUGAAGAAAGAUUCGGUUUCUUUGCACAAGAAAUUUAUUGCCGAUUGCUACACACGGUUAGAGGCCGCAAGUUCUGCACUCGGAGGUCCCACUCUAACCCAUGCAGUCACCAGAGCCACAAAAAUGCUGACUGCCACGGCUAUGCCAUCAGUGGCCACUUCUGUUCAGUCCCCGUACAGGUCAACUAAACUAGUCAUAAUCGAGAGGCUUCUUUUGCUGGCAGAGCGCUAUGUGAUCACUAUAGAGGAUCUGUACUCUGUUCCCAGAACAAUUCUACCUCACGGGGCUUCUUUUCACGGACAUUUGUUAACGCUGAACCUUACUUACGAAUCUACCAAAAAUACAUUCACCAUAGAGGCCCACAGCAAUGAGACGAUCGGAAGCGUCCGCUGGAAGAUAGCCAGGCAUCUGAACUGUCCUAUAGAAAAUAUGCAGAUAUUUGCUAACGAGAGUUUGUUGACAGUGAAUAAAGACCAGAAGUUGCUCCAUCAGUUGGGGUUUUCAGAUGACCAGUCACUGACCGUGAAGACGACAGGAAGUGGUACCCCAUCCGGGCCCUCUGCAGAGACCUCCUCCGCUUCCAGCAGCAGCGCUGGCUUCAGCUCCUCCUAUGUAAUGGAGCAGGAAAAAUCCCUCCCAGGAGUGGUGAUGGCGUUAGUCUGCAAUGUGUUUGACAUGCUGUAUCAACUGGCCAACCUGGAGGAGAGCAGAAUCACCCUGAGAGUCCGGAAGCUUCUUCUAUUGAUCCCUACAGACCCAGCGGUGCAGGAAGCAUUGGAUCAGCUCGACUCUCUGGGCAGGAAGAAGACACUUCUCACUGAGUCUCAGCCAUCGAAAUCCCCAUCUCUGUCCUCUAAGCACCAUCACCAGCCCAGCGCCAGCUCCAUCCUGGAGAGUCUGUUCAGAUCGUCUGCCCCAGGCAUGUCCACCUUCCGUGUGUUGUACAAUCUAGAGGUUCUCAGCUCCAAAUUGAUGCCAACAGCUGAUGAUGAGAUGGCAAGAAACUGCGCCAAGUCGUUCUGUGAAAACUUCCUUAAAGCUGGAGGCUUGAGUUUGGUGGUAAAUGUUAUGCAGAGAGAUUCUAUCCCUUCUGAGGUGGAUUAUGAGACACGACAAGGUGUCUACUCCAUCUGUCUGCAGCUUGCCAGGUUUUUGCUUGUGGGACAGACUAUGCCAACCGCCUUUGAUGAAGACACGGCGAAGGACGGAGUAGAGGGACUGUCAUCAAGACCUUUCCGGAAUGCCAGUAGACAGUCUAGUCGACAGAUGUCCCUUUGCGGGACUCCAGAAAAAUCCUCGUAUCGGCAGUUGUCCGUCUCAGACCGGUCAUCUAUCAGGGUGGAGGAGAUUAUUCCUGCUGCUCGAGUUGCAAUUCAGACCAUGGAGGUCAAUGAUUUCACACUCACUGUGGCUUGCUUUAUGCGAUUAUCCUGGGCUGCAGCUGCCGGGAGAUUAGACCUUGUUGGCAGCAACCAUCCAAUCAAAGAAAGUAACAAUACUCUGUUCCCUGCCGGGCUCCGUAGCCGACUAAGCAGCUCAGGAAGUAACUGCAGCUCUGGCAGUGAAGGAGAAGCCACGUCGCUCCACGCCUGGAUCUGCGUCCGGCAGCAGUCAGUGUCCACCAAAGAUGCAAUUAUUGCUGGAGAGGCCUUAUCUCUGCUGGUCACGUGUCUUCAGCUCCGCAGCCAGCAGCUAGGAUCUUUCUACAAUCUGCCUUCCGUUACUGACUUCACCAUUGAUAUUCUGCUGGGGUCUCCCAGUGCGGAGAUCAGACGCGUGGCCUGUGAUCAGCUGUACACCCUGAGUCAGACAGACACCUCCAGCCACCCCGAAGUCCAGAAACCCAACCUCUUCCUGCUGAACGUCAUCCUGUCCGCACAGCUGCCACUCUGGUCACCGACCAGCAUAAUGAGGGGCAUCAAUCAGAGGUUGUUGGAGCAGUGCACAGAGUACUUUGAUUUGAGAUGUCAGCUCCUCGAUGAGUUAACCACCACUGAGAUGGAGCAGUUAAGCAUCAGCCCAGCAACCAUGUUGGAAGAUGAGAUCAGUUGGUUGGAUAACUUUGAACCAAACCGGACAGCAGAAUGUGAAACCACCGAGGUGGACAAUGUGUGGCUGGCUGGUCACCUCCGGCUCAUCAAGACGCUCCUCUCACUGUGCGGUGGUGAAAAGGAAAUGCUCGGUCCUUCCCUUAUUAAACAGCUGCUGGAUGAUUUCCUGUUCCGCGCCUCAAGAAUAAUUUUGAACAGCAACUCUCCCGCAGGUAGUGGAUCGCUGAGCCAGCAGGACUUCCACCCCAAGUGCAGCUCUGUGAACAGUCGGCUGGCAGCGUACGAGGUGCUGGUGAUGCUUGCAGAGAGUUCUCUCACCAAUCUACAGCUCAUCACAAGAGAACUGUUGUCCAUGCACCAUCAGCCAGAUUCGGCGCUCACCAAGGAGUUUGAUUUUCUGCCCCCGGUCGACAGCCGCUCCAACUCUGGGUUUGUCGGUCUGAAGAAUGGAGGAGCCACUUGCUACAUGAACGCCGUCUUUCAGCAGCUGUAUAUGCAGCCAGGUCUUCCUGAGGCCUUGCUCUCUAUGGAGGAUGAGACUGAAAAUCCGGACGACAGUGUCUUCUACCAAGUCCAGUCCUUGUUUGGCCAUUUAAUGGAAAGCAAACUUCAGUACUAUGUCCCGGAGAACUUUUGGAAGAUCUUCAAGAUGUGGAACAAAGAGCUGUAUGUCCGAGAGCAGCAGGACGCCUACGAAUUCUUCACAAGUCUCAUAGAUCAGAUGGAUGAAUAUCUAAAGAAAAUGGGGCGCGAUCAGCUCUUUAAGAACACCUUCCAAGGGAUCUACUCCGACCAAAAGAUCUGUAAGGAUUGUCCUCACAGAUAUGAACGAGAGGAAGCAUUUAUGGCUUUGAAUUUAGGGGUCACCUCCUGCCAGAGCCUUGAUAUUUCCCUUGAUCAAUUUGUGAGGGGAGAGGUGCUUGAGGGGAGUAAUGCAUAUUACUGUGAAAAGUGCAAGGAAAAGAGGACGACGGUGAAGAGAACAUGCAUCAAGUCUCUGCCCAGUGUUCUAGUCAUUCACUUGAUGAGGUUUGGAUUUGACUGGGAAAGUGGACGCUCCAUAAAAUAUGAUGAGCAGAUCAAGUUCCCUUGGUUGCUAAACAUGGAGCCGUACACCGUGUCCGGCAUGGCUCGUCAGGACUCCUCCUCAGAAGUGGGAGACAACGGGAGGCACAUGGACCCCAGUGGAGGCUCCCCGCGAAAGAAAGUGGCCCCGACAGAGAACUACGAGCUGGUUGGUGUGAUUGUGCACAGUGGUCAGGCUCAUGCUGGUCACUACUACUCCUUCAUUAAAGAUCGCAGGAGCUGCGGGAAAAGCAAGUGGUUCAAGUUCAAUGACACUGUGGUGGAGGAGUUCGAUCUUAACGAUGAGACCAUUGAGUAUGAAUGCUUCGGUGGGGAGUACAGACCAAAGGUCUAUGACCAGUCCAACCCAUACCCGGAUGUGCGCCGGCGCUACUGGAACGCCUACAUGCUUUUCUACCAACGUGUGUCCGACCAGAACUCUCCAGUUUUACCAAAGAAGAGCAGAGUCAGCGUUGUGCGCCAGGAGGCCGAGGAUCUCACCCUAUCUGCGCCCUCAUCACCUGACAUUUCACCCCAGUCCUCGCCUCGACCUCACCGGACCAAUGACCGCCUCUCUAUAUUAACCAAGCUGGUGAGAAAGGGGGAGAAGAAAGGUCUUUUUGUGGAGAAGAUGCCUCUGAGGAUAUACCAGAUGGUAAGAGAUGAAAAUCUGAAGUUUAUGAAGAACAGAGACAUUUACAACAGCGACUAUUUCAGUUUUGUGCUCUCUCUGGCGUCUGUGAAUGCUACAAAGUUGAAGCAUCCAAACUACUCCUCAAUGGCCAAAGCGAGUGCACAGCUGGCCAUCCAGUUCCUCCUCCAUACCUAUCUGCGGACAAAAAGGAAACUCCGGGUAGACACCGAGGAAUGGAUUGCAACCAUUGAGGCCUUGGUUUCUAAGAGCUGUGAAGCCUGCCAGUGGCUUGUGGAAUAUUUUGUCGGAUCAGAAGGCAGGGAACUCGUCAAGGUAUUUCUGCUGGAGUGCGGUGUCCGAGAGGUCAGAUGCGCUGUGGCCACUAUUCUGGAAAAGACACUUGAUGGCGCUUUACUUCACAAAGAUAAGGUUAAUGGAGUCCAUCAGCUGAUAGAGAUGCUGCUCAGUCUGCUGGACAAGGAUGUGCCCGAGAACUGCAAGAACUGCGCUCAGUACUUCUUCCUCUUCAACAACUUUGUACAAAAGCAGGGAGUGCGAGCUGUGGAGCUACUACUAAAGUACUCAGCUGUGCGACAUUUCAUCAGCUUCCUGCUCGGGCCCAAUCGGAAGAACAACCAGAAUCGCCGCUGGAGCCCGGCACAAGCUCGAGAGUUUGGCUACUUGCACAAUACAAUCGCACUGCUAGUCCUAUAUUCUGACAUUUCCCCCCAUCGGACCGUAGCUCCCAGUGCUUCCAAGCCUCAGCCUCUGGCCAGUACACGCGGUCCUCUACUGCCGCUCCAUUCUGAGGUGGAAACGCUUAUGUUCAUGCAGGAUGGCAAGCCGUACUUGCUGGAGGUGAUGUUUGCGAUGCGGGAGCUGCCCGGGUCCCUCUCCGUUCUCAUUGAGAUGCUGGGUUAUUGCUGCUUUUGCAACGAGCGGUUCUCCCUCAUUGCUCUGAACUUCAUUAAGAACCAGCUGGAAUCGGCCCCCCCUCAUGAGCUGAAGAACAUGUUCACCCUCCUGCAUGAGAUCCUGGUGAUUGAAGAUUCCAUCCAGCUGCAGAGGCUGAAGUUUGCCUUUGAGUCUGAUGGUUUGCUGGCAUUAAUGCAUCACAGCAAUCACAUAGACAGCAGCCGCUGCUACCAGUGCGUGAAGUUCCUCGUCACUCUGGCCCAGAAGUGCGCUGCUGCUAAGGAAUAUUUCAAAGAGAACUCUCAGCACUGGAGCUGGGCCGUGCAGUGGUUACAGAAGAAGAUGUCUGAGCACUGCUGGGCUCCACAGAGCAACGUGUCCAACGAGACAUCAACCGCCAAAACCUUCCAGCGGACGAUCUCUGCACAGGACACCUUGGCCUAUGCCACUGCCCUGCUGAACGAGAAGGAGCAGUCUGGAAGCAGCAAUGGCUCGGAGAGCAGUCCGGCCAAUGAGAAUGGAGACAGGAGUAUGCAGCAGGGCCCCGACUCUCCAAUGAUCCUUGGAGACCCAAAAAGUGACCUUGAGGACGUCGAUCCUUGAAUCCAGGUACAAUCGAUGAGAUUCUCGCCACGCUGUGAAAACCGAUGCACUUUGAAGACCACAAGGGGCUCAUCUUGACAUUUUCCUCCUGGAGCUGGCGGGUCACUGAGCGGCUGGACUCCAACCACAACAAACACACCGCCAAGGUCAUUUCUGGAACGGUCGCAACAAGGAGAACUUUAAUUGUAUUGCUGCAAAAACAACGGAUACAAAAUAUUUUUCUCAGAAUUUUAUUGUAAAAAAAGAGAAAGUGAAAACCCGGCUGAACUUUUUUUUUUUUCCUUUUUUUUUCGUGAGCAUUAAAGGAGUGAAUGUACAAUUGUUGCUUUUUCUGUAAUGCUGCGGAGAAUUCUUUUUUUUUUUUUUUUUGGUUUUAUACAAAGUGUAAGAAAAACCUUCGAGAUGCGUCCGGCGACUUUUUAACCUUUCAAUAUUAGGAAUAUGAAAAUGAUGUAUAAAUACGUGGAAGAGACUAAAACUUGUACAAAUUUAGUUUGGAAUCAAUCUUUUAAAGAAACAAAAACAAAUCGAAACUUUGUAUUUAAUGUCUCCUAUAAUUUAUAUAGUGCCAUAGGAAGAGACGUGUGGGCGAUUGUCUCGUGUCAUUUAAAGUGGAACUGGCGCUUAUUCACAGUGGAGGUCACCAAUCAAAAGCCGGAGAUGCAAUUGUGGGAGGGAUCAUGUAAUCUCGCAGUGUCACAUAAAAUUGAUGGAUUUAAAGGGAACCCUUAAACAUGAUGUUUGAGCUGCAGGCAGCAGGAGGAGCUGAGAAGGCUGAUGUGUAGUUUUAUUCAUUUCUUUUCUUGCUCAUUCUGGGCUUUGAAGUCCAGGAGGCGGUCCUGUCAGUGAUUGACAGCCUUUCCUCUAUUUCUGUGUAUACAGAGAGAGCUGUCAAUCACAGAUAGGACCGCCUCCUGGACUUCAAAGCCCAAAAAGAGCAGGAAUGUAAUUGAAUAAAUGAAAAGUUUUACUACAUUUUUCCCAUAAAACUAUACAUCAGCUCUGUCUGUUCAGCUCCUCCUGCUCUAUAACAGUGUUCAACGUGACAGGUUCCCUUUAAAGGCCCAGCUCGGACAAACGUCAUCUUGUGAUGUGUUGUAGAUGAAGAUUUGAGGAUCUGAUUGAUAGUCAACAGUUUGGAUCACCACUGAGAGGCGCUCUGUAGCGUUUCCAAUCUGCAUCAUUCAGUUUUACUAGAAAUCUCUGAAUUUAAUAAUCUCAAUAGUUUUGCAAAUCAGUCAUCGUUCAGACUCGUGGACUGAUAAUUUCCCCUUUUAAGAGAUGGACUGGGCCGCUAUACGGCACCAUCACCGGCUGACACUUGGGUGUGACUAGUGUAAUUCUGUGGCAUAAGGUGUACUGUGCCUUAUGCCUCAUCUAAAUCAUCCCAGAUUGCUGCAUACAAAUACCUCCAUUGAGUAUAGCACCAGAAACACGGGGGGGGAAAAAAAUGCAAAAAGUCCUGGAGUUUGGUUAAAAUGCAUCCUGUAAGAGACGUGAAUUUCUGUACGUUUCACAUGCUCAUUGUAUAGAUCACCAGAUAUUUUAAUUUUUCAGUUUUUUUUCCUUUGUACAUUUUUAUGAGUUUUGCCUCAAUCAUGGAAACCUUGUGGGCAGUGUGCUUUGUAUAUUAUCCACCUGUGUCACCAGCUGACGGCUACAAGGGCUUUAUUCUGCAGGGGGCAGAGAACGCUGGUAGUCUUACUCCAGGGCCCUUGGACACGGCAGUUUGUGACCUUGUGUUAUAUUGCCACAGGUGCCCGUUUUUAAAAAGUGCUUUCCUUUUUAUUUUUUCCUGAAAAUAAAGAAUUUGCAAAAAAAAAAAAAA